GUAUCAGAUGUGGCUUUAGGCAAUGGCUAUGAUAGGAAAAAUCCAAGCACAAAGGUAAUAGUAGUUAAAGAGGAAGCUCUAAAUAAUGCAUGCAAUGGUACUUAUUCUUCACUUAUGUGUAUAUUUGGUUUGUCUUCUGUCACUGGAAUGACUAUAAUUUCAGUUUAUCCCGAAAAGUUGGACCAGGAGACCAAAUAUUCACAAUUUCUAAAUGGUAAAAUUCUUCCACGGCAAGCACACCAACAUAUUUCAAGUCAACUUGUUCAGCCUGCUAAGUUAAUUUUAAUGUGGACAACUACUGGUGCUUAUUCUCUUCCAGAAUUAGAUAUAGAAUUUCAACCCAAUCAUUUUGUACCACUAAUUGAAUUUAAUCAAACUAAUAACUCAAGAGUUAAUAAUAAAAAAAAAAUUACUGACCACUUUAAAGUUGAUGUCUUACAGAAAAAUAAAAGUGGACUUGAGCAACAAAUAGACACAACUUUGGUAGCACCUGCAAAAUCCUCACCAAGGGAAGACUUAGAUGGCAGCAGCUAUGAUUGCUUGAAGACUUCCUUAAAACGACCUCUUUCAUGCGACUUUGAAGAUGGAAAAGUAUCAAAUGCUUCUUGUCCCUUGUCAAAAUCUGUAAAAACUGAUAUGACAGAUGUUGAUCCCUUGGAUAUUGGACAUUUUGUAUCUGUGGCGGCCCUAGAUGACGACACAAAGCUAAGACUUAUAACAAAUCACUGGAAGCCUCCCCUUCUUUCAAUUUUCCUUUUCUGA